AUUAUUUUGAACUGGGGGGUUAAAGAUGGCGGAGGUGGAGACCAGGCAGAAGCUUCAGAAUAAUUCCUGGCUAAACCGUAAAGGCUCAGAGUCCUUGCUCAGGGUGGAGAUGGUGAGAGCAGCAGACAUUAACACGGAGAGGGAGAUGGUGGAUGAGUGUGCAUUGUGUGGUGUUGGUUUAGAAGAAGACGAGUGUCGUAAGAUGAGCGGAGACGAGACGGAGGAGCUGCUGGAGGAAGAGGAGGUGGCCGGUCCUGUUCAGAUUGUGGUGGCAGAUGAAGAUGAGCACCAGUUUUCUCUCGAUGAGCAGGCGCUGGAGCGCAUCCUGCUGCAGGAGCACAUCCGUGAUCUCAACGUGGUGGUUGUGUCGGUCGCUGGAGCCUUCCGCAAGGGCAAGUCCUUCCUGCUGGAUUUCAUGCUCCGGUAUAUGUACCAGCAGAAAUCAUCCACAUGGCUUGGGGGAAACGAUGAACCACUGACAGGCUUCACCUGGCGGGGGGGCUGUGAGAGGGAGACCACAGGAAUCCUGGCCUGGAGCGAAGUGUUUGUGGUUGAGAAACCAGACAGGACCAAGGUGGCUGUGCUUCUCAUAGACACACAGGGAGCCUUCGACAGCCAGUCCACCAUCAAAGACUGCGCCACCCUCUUCGCCCUCAGUACCAUGACCAGCUCUGUUCAGGUUUACAAUUUAUCUCAGAAUGUGCAAGAGGAUGAUCUUCAACAUCUGCAGCUUUUCACAGAGUAUGGAAGACUUGCUAUGGAGGAAAUUUACCUAAAACCAUUCCAGUCUCUAAUGUUUCUCAUAAGAGACUGGAGUUACCCUUACGAACAUGCAUAUGGCCUGGAAGGAGGAAAUACGUUUCUAGAGAAAAGGAUGCAAGUAAAGCAGACCCAACAUGAGGAGCUUCAGAAUGUCCGGAAGCACAUCCACUCCUGUUUCUCUAAUAUCAGCUGCUUCCUGCUUCCUCACCCUGGCCUUAAAGUGGCCACAAACCCCCAUUUUGAUGGCAGAUUGAGAGACAUUGAUCCUGACUUUAAAAAGGAGCUAGUGAGUCUCAUCCCACUGCUGUUGGCCCCAGAGAACUUGGUGGAGAAAGAAAUCAGUGGUUCCAAAGUGACAUGUAGAGAUCUUGUACAGUAUUUCAAAGCCUACAUGAAAAUAUAUCAAGGAGAGGAGCUACCACAUCCAAAGUCCAUGUUACAGGCAACAGCUGAAGCUAACAAUCUAGCAGCAGUUGCAGGAGCAAAGGACACUUACAUCAAGAGCAUGGAACAGGUGUGUGGAGGAGACAAGCCCUACAUCGCCCCAGCUGACUUGGAGCGCAGCCAUGAGGAGCUGAAGCAGAACUCCAUAAAGCAGUUCUGCACCAUCAAGAAGAUGGGAGGUGAGGAGUUCUGUCGCCGCUACCAGGAGCAGCUGGAGGCUGAGAUGGACGAGGCUUAUGCCAACUUCGUCAAGCACAAUGACGGAAAGAACAUUUUCUAUGCAGCACGCACACCGGCCACACUCUUUGCCCUCAUGUUUGCCAUGUAUGUGGUAUCGCUAGUGACGGGCUUUGUGGGCAUAAACUCUGUGGCAACGCUGUGCAAUCUGAUCAUGGGCGUGGCUCUGGUGUCUCUGUGCACCUGGGCGUAUGUCAAAUACUCAGGGGAGUUCCGUGAGGUGGGCAGUGUCAUCGACCAGGUGGCAGAAACACUUUGGGAGCAGAGGACUCCAAGAAAGGUGUUUUGCAAGCUUUUUGAGGUUGUCCGGAACAAAGUGACACUGAGCACGCUCCUGCCUGCUCAGCGAAACAGACUGCCCUCAAACAACAAUGUGAAGAAGAAAAACUAGUCGCUACAUUCUCUUUCAUAAACUCCUUUUUAGGACUUGCUCAGCCCCGAUGAGAGCGUGGCCUCGGCUGCACCGGGUUGGGUUUAAGAACAAACGGCUAUGUGUACUCUGUUCCGUACCUUUUGUAGAAUGCAGGAUGGCACUUUCAUCAUUGAGAUGUCCUUCCUUUCAUCAUGCUGACAUGGAGGACUGAACUCAUUUUCUUUUUUUCUUUACAUUUGUUAAUGCAUCAUCAAAUGCUUCUUGUAUGCUGUUGGUUUUGACGGUCAUAUUUGUGUGUGAUAUUCUAUCAUUCCCCCAGCCUACAUUCCACUUCUGACCUUUCCAUUCCUUAUUGUUCUUCGUAUCAUUCCCAUGUCCCGCAUUCCUUCCCAUUGUCUCUUGUCUUUUGUUUUUCUCUGCUCAGGUGUUGCAGCCUUUCUGUGAUUCAGUUUAUUUUAGGCUGAACUCCAUCCAAGCUUGCUUAAGUCGCUAUAAGUUACAAACAAACUGACGCACCAAUUAUAGAGCCAAAGUUUACGCCAUUCUUCGCACUCACACUGCAGUGUGUAUGAUUGUCUUUGAGCACUUGAGACAUUGGCAUUAGUAGCUUUGCUACUAGUGGAAUACAUUGGCAUUGGCCUUGUAGUUCAGGAAAGGGUGCCCUCGUCAACCUUGCUAAUGAGGUGGAUAGUGAACGUGCCGUCCUACUCUCCCCAGUGGUAAAAAGGCACAUUUUAUACUGUAAUUUACUUUUCCACUGAAUAACACAAGGCACUUAAUGGUUACUCAUAUUCAUAAUGUGAUGAAGGAACCUAAAGGAUUCAGGCUCUAUAUAUAGAUUUUUAAUCGCACAUUUCUUUGUUUUUGUCAAUCUUGUUGGUUAAAUAAAUACAACGCUGCAUUUUAUUCAAGAUGUAUGACAUGUCUUAUGUUUCACAGUAUUAUAAAGCGUGUGAGAUCAAAUCAGAGAGGAAAAGGAUGAACUGUACCAAUGGUGGUAGCAAAGUGAAAUUACUGUACACAGUUGCUUCUUUAGGCCUAUGUGCUGUCUCCCUGCUGUAUAAUAAAACAAAGAUGCUUUGAUAAAUCCAUCCAUAAGGAUGACGGCUGAUAUGUACGCUAUCCUGUACAGUUCUGAUUUUUUUUUUUUUUAAACUUGUCACAAAUAGGGCAUGUGUAUGGAAAAUAUAUGUACAAUUAAAAUUUUCUAUACCUUUUUUGUAGCUGGAACAGCAUCGGUUUUGUGGUAGGCCGAUGUACGGUUAAUUUAAAGGAAUGCUUUCUUGAUGUGUAAAUGUCCGAAGGAUUAAUUAUAUUUUUCCUUUUAUUUAUAUAUUAAUAAUUUGCCUUGAGCAUCACAGUUCCACUCUUGCUGACCAAGCACUGGAAUGUUUAUGAUCUUUCACUUCUCUUCAGUUUUUAGGGUUUUUUUUUUCCCUUUAAUUUAUUUUUCAAUACAAUAUUAAAAUGAACCACUGUAUAUCCAAAUGUUGCCAGUUCAUCUCAUGACUGCACUUGUACUGAAAUGUUCAACAUGCAUAAAAUACAAAAUCUCAUCACACUGAGAAGGAUACAUGCAAA